ACUCUUACUAAAGAUCCAAGCUUUUAUCGGUGGCUGUUCGUUGUGUUUUGAAGAUUGCCCCCAAGAAAGCCGUUAAAGAAAAAUUGAUCCAAGAAACGUGUUAAAACAUCACACUAUAUCCUGCGGCUAAAUAUUCAGGCCUUUCUCAGUUUCUUGCUGCUGGAGAGAGUUCUCGAGUUUCCGUUCUUCCACCAAAGUGUUGAUUUCAUCGACAUGGCCGACGAGGCACCGCCUUCGCCUGUGAGCCUUAGCAGACCUCUUCGUUGCAUCGUCAAACUUGGAACUGCUCCGCGGAGCCUGACUUCUGGCUUUCCUAUCAAGUAUCAACCAAUUGUAUAGAUCAUAUCAGCAGUUCCAAAAUAGCUAUAACCAACGGAUGUCGGGUUCGAAUCUUGUCAUUUUCUUCAUCCCAAGUUCCUUGGUGUUGAGCUCGAGUAUUGUCACCAUCAAUAGUGCUAGUCUAACGGGACUUCACGCUUCCCCAGAUCAUUGAUUGGAAAUGCAAGUUCUAAGUCCGAUUCAUCCGACAGACGAAUGCGAUACCGGAAUCACGCUUAUUUUAGAGGAAAGCGGCCGAUAAAUCUUCCAGUUUCUGAAGAAAGAGAUUGUGAAUUAUAGUCUCCAGUAUCUUUGCGAAUGCUUGACCGUGUACUUGCUACAGUGUAUCGACAUCUUGUCCAAGUAUCCUCCUACUUUGUGUUGGUGAAGUAGCACAACACCACUCCCUGAUUGCCAAGACGAGUUGUUAAAGCACUCCGGUGACUUAUGACAGAAGCGGGUCCCUUGACGAAUAUGCUACUAGCAUGUGGAUCUGCAGUUACCCAUAAAGAUGUGCUGGAGCACAUAAAUGACAAAGAUCUUGCUGCAGUUGCAUCACAGUUGAGGGAGGUCAUAAUGCAUUCUACUGCAAGGGGGUACACGAUGGAUUGGAGCAAGCAGUCGGGGAUCCCUCCAACUAUUCCUGCAGAUAUUGCAGAUCAAGUUUUGAGUUCGAGUGCUUUCAUUGUGGUUCAUGGAGCAGGGUCCUUUGGGCACUUCCAGGCAAGUAGAGCUGGAGUUCACAGAGGUGGAUUGCAUUUACCUCUUGUAACUGCUGGUUUUGUGGCAACAAGAAUAUCUAAGGUAUUCCAUCUGUUGGAAUUUCUCCGUUUUCUUGUGGUUGGUCAACUUGUGAAAAAAAGUCGAUAUCAGAAUCAAACUUAUUACAGCAAUCUGCUUCGCCAUGCAAUUCGCUACCACAAGUAAACAUUAUGGUGGCAGUUCAACCGCGUCAGUAUGGGAUCACUAACGCAAGCGACAUUUGAAGGUGGUUUCUCCUCAAGCAUUAAGCUUGAGAUGUUACACCCUCUCUGCAUUGGAUAACACUGAUGACAAAGAUUAUCAUUCAUUGGUUCCACAAAGGAUCUAUUCCAUGCAAUCAACCUCUUUAUCAGGGUAUCAGUCCAAUCAUGUUUAGCAACUGUACCCACCAUGCCUUGCUUAUCACACUGGCUAUUAUUAUGAACAUCAAAAUGGACACUGUAUAUUACUACAAGAGAGCUCUUACCAGUAACUAGAAGCAUCUAAUAGAUUUUGUCCUGGGAUGGAAUGAACCUUGACAUCGCCAAGUGGUACAUUGCAAUCCUGAAACUCAGUACCACUUUGAUCAAUUUGAUCUGUCGUUUGCAAUUGUGACAUGAAUGAGUACAGUUGUAAGUAAAGUCCUAACUACUUGAAUUUCA